AUGCCUACAAGUUCAACCAUUAUUGGUUUGGAUUUAGUUCACAUUAAACCAAUUCCAGGAUGUAAAGCAUUCACCUAAGACAUUACAACACCAUAAUGUGUAUAAUUACUUAAAAAGGAAAUACCAUAAAAAGCAGAUGUUAUCUUACAUGAUGGUGCUCCUAAUGUUGGAGCUAGUUGGGCUAAGGAUGCUUAUAACUAAAAUGAUCUUGUCCUGUCUUCCUUAAGAUUGGCAUCAUAAUUUUUAAAGAAGGGUGGAGUAUUUGUGACAAAAGUAUUUAGAUCAACAGAUUAUAAUUCAUUAAUGUGGGUCUUUAAUAAAUUUUUUACAAAGGUAGAAGCUACUAAACCUUUAGCAAGUAGAUUUGUUUCAGCUGAAAUAUUUGUUGUUUGUUUAGAUUAUUUAGCACCAGAAUAUAUAGAUGAGAAACUAUUUGAUUCUAAACAUGUGUUUAAAGAUACUGAAACAGAUAUGUUAUAGUAAUAAAUUUAAAAAGAAAUUGUUUCUGUUGAUAAAAUUCUUUAAAAAAGAACUUAGAGACAUAGAAGUGGAUAUGCUGAUGAUGUUCAUUAAACUGUUUAUUAAAUGAUAGAUUUUGAAGAGUUUCUUCAUGCUGAUAAUCCAUAUCCAAUAUUUAUUGAAUAUGCUGGAAUCAAAAUGACUGAGGAAGCUAAAGAAAAAUAUUUGAGUCUUACUAAACCUCCAUAAGAUUAUCAAAUAUUGAUGGAAGAUAUCAAAGUAUUGGGAAAGAGAGAAAUUAUAUAAUUAUUAAAAUGGAGAAGUAAAAUCAAGCAUUUUUUAUCAAAAUAAAAGAGAGAAUAAAAAUAACUAUAAUAAUAGGAGGAACCAUAAAGUGCUGAAUAUGAAGAUCUUGAUGAAGCUGAAGGAGAUAAAGAAGUAAAUGAAGAAGAAGAAGAAGUAGAGGAAUAAGAUGAUCUUGAAAAAUUGGUAGAUAAAUAAAAAGAAGCUUUGGAAUAAUAAUAUAUUGAAGAACAAAAGAAAGAAUUAAAAGAAUAAAGAAAAUAAAAAUAAAAAUAAGCUUAAUAAGAAAAGAAAUUAGCUGGAAGAGGAAUAGGAUUCACUCCUUAAGAAGAAGAUUAAGAAUUAUUUUAAUUUUCUAAACAUAAGAAUUUACUGAAAUUAGGUUAUGUAGAUGUAGAAGAUAAAUAAGAAGAGAAAUUAAAGAAAGAGAAAUUGGCAUUUAAUAAUUAAAAAUAAUUAGAUCAAAAUUUAGAAUUAAUUUAUGAAAAUAAAAAAUAAAAAAAAGAAAAUGCUUUAGAAAGAAUUAGAAAUAAAAAGUAAGCCUUAGAAUCUGAAUAAGAAGAAGUUGAUGAUGAGGAUCUUGCUUGUAAACCAAUUAAAAAAGUUAAGAAAUAAGAUGAUCAUUUAAAGAUUUCAGAUUUAAAAAGCAAAUUCUUUGAUAAGGAGGAGUUCUCAAAAUUAAAGGAAUAACUUAAAACAUAGAAAGAGAGUGUAUUUGACAAUCCUUUAAAAAAUUAAAAUAUAACAUAAUUAGAAAAGAAGAAAAAAGAUAAAACUGAUAAGGAAUAAAAUGCUGAUAAAUUCAAAAAUGAUUCAGAUAGUGAAGUAGAAGAUGAAAAAGUUAUGGAUCCAAAAUAAUUGAAAAAUUUAUAAAAAUAAAUCUAAGAAGACUUAAAUUAAUUAGGUGAUAAUAAAGAUAUUGAUUUAUUGAGAAGGGUUGAUAAAAAAGAAAUAGAAUAUUAAAAAAAAUUAAGUAUUUAUUUAUAUAUAUUUAUUUAGAUAUAAAAAUUACUCAAGAUCCAUUACCAGGAGAAGAUGAAAAAGUUAAAUAGUUUGAACUUAAUCUUCCUAUUUCAGAUAUGGAAAAAAGAAGAAGAAAAUUAAAAAAAAUGGCAGCUAGAGAGGAGAAGAAAGCUAAAUUAGCAUCUGAUAAAGAUCCAAAUCAUAAAGAAUUAGAAAUAGUAACAGAAAAGAAAAUAGAAGAUUAUGAUAUUGAUUAAUUAGCUACUAAUCUAGCAUUGGCAAAAAAAAUGAUGAGAAAAAAGACUAGAGAACAAAUAAUAGAAAAUUCAUUUGGAAGAGAUAAAUGGGAAAAUGAAGAUUUACCUUAAUGGUUUUUAGAUGAUGAAGAAAGACAUGUAUUUAAAAUGGAACCUAUUACAAAAGAAGAAUUUUAAUAAGAAAAACAAAGAUUAUAUGAAAUCAAUUCUAGAGUACCUAAAAAAGUAUUAAAAUAAUAUCAUUAUUUAAGAUUAUGGAAGCUAAAAUAAGAAAAUGGAAAAAGGCUCAAAAGAAACUUAAAACAGCUGCAAAAAAAGCAUAAACAGUUUUUGAUACUGAUGGUAUUAAUGAAAGAACUAAAAUGUAAUAAGUGAGAAGAAUUUAUAAUAAAGAAAAAGCAAAUAUUUAAAAAGAAUAAGAAAGAAAAGUCAUUGUUGCCAAAAAAGGUUAAGCAAGUGGAAGUAUAUAUUUAAAUUUUAUUUUAGAAUUUAAAAGUUCAAGAAAAGUUCUAACAGUUGAUAAAAGAUUGAAAAAAGAUAAAAGAGCUAUGAAAGCUAAGGCAAGAAUUGGAAAAGGAAAAAAGAGAAGACAAGUUACAAGAAGAAAAGGAAAAAAGUAGAAGUCUUGAUUACUUCUGUUUAUAGUAUAUUA